AUGCUUGGUUUGCAUUACACUGACCUUCACCAAGAUUCACUGGGCAGCCUCUUAGGUCAGGUGAUAAGUGAAAACAAAAUCCACGUCUUCCUCUAUGUCCUACCUCUGGGCCUGCUCACAGAUGAAGAUAAGAUGGGCCUGGACUGGCUACAGAGAACAUUUGGUGAAAGGUCUCUGGACUUUGUGAUGAUCCUCUUCACCUAUGAGACUGAAGAUCAGUGUGACUCAAUCAUAGAUGAUCUGAAGAAAAACAGUGUUCUGGAGCAGAUAGUUCAGAAAUGUGGUGGCAGGUAUCACACCUGUAAUAAGAGCAUGAAAAACCAAUCAGAGAUGAGAACACUGCUGGAGAAGAUUGGCAGACUGGUGUCUGAAAACAAAGAGCGCUGCCAGUCUGCUGAACUUCCUUCCUUUUCAGAACUUAAAAAGGAAGAAAAAUUGAAAGGGGACUCCAAGGUCCUUAAUCGAAGCGGACUUCAGAGUACAUACACAGUGUCUGAGCUGAGAAUUAUCCUUAUGGGGAAGAACAGAUCAGAGAAUAACAGAGUGGGAAACUACAUCCUGGGAAAAUUUGCAUUCAAGACUGAAUCUCCUCCAGUUUCAGUUCAUCAUCACAGUGAGAAAGUCAGAGGACAGGUGAAGGGAAGACCCAUCACAGUCAUCAACACUCCUGACCUGUUUCAUCCUCAACUCUCACAUGAUCAGCUCUCAGUGGCAGUGAGAGAAUGUGUGUCCUUGUCUGAUCCAGGACCUCAUGUGUUUAUACUGGUGCUGCAGCCUGACAGUUUCACAGAGGAGGACAGUGCACGUAUGACGCGUGUAAUGAACAUAUUUAGUGAUGAUGCUAUGAAAUACCUCAUAGUGUUAUCUCUGGCUAAAAACCGCAGACAUGCCAAAACUUGGGAUGUGAGGAAAGAGGGUGACUUUUUGCAUUUCACCACUAAGGAUUAUGAGAUGAGGCAUCACAUGUUUGACAAUAUUGAGAGCUUCAAUCAGAGUCAAGUCCCCCAGCUCUUAAAGAGGAUAGACCAGAUGGUGGUGGAGAACGGAGGCGUCCAUCUAAGCUGUGAGAUUUUUGAAGAGGCACCAGAAAGCCCCUCACAGCAAGAGGCUGAACCCUCAAGAGGCACAAUCAGUGGAACUUUAGAUUCCCCUGAAGAGGAGCCAUGUAAGACUGAGAGGUCCCUGGGUCUAUUUGGAAACGUGAUGGAGAUGCAUGUUCUGGCAAUAAAUAGUUUCUCACUGUUGUUAAAGGAGCCACAGGCAGAGACAGAACUGGUUCACAUAUUCCUACAAAAACUGCUGACAAUGGACUACAGGGCAAAAUACGCAGUCACUAGAGAAAAAAACAGUCAGAUAGAUCUAACAAAACUAUGCACCAAGAAUGAGUAUGAGGAGAAGGAAGAUGAUGGAUUUGAUGCCUUGAUCAGAGAGAAAGUUGUGACACAUGACAAGAAGAGAGAACAGUCCCAUAUCCACCCCAUGGAUGUUCAGAUGGCCGUGUUUCACUGUGCUGACAGGUUCCUCCAGCAGUUCAUGGUGACUAAACUGUCACAGUGUCAGUAUGCCCUGCCUCUGCUUGUGCCCAAUCCCUUCACCCAACAGACUGAGUUUCCUCUGUGGACAUUUCGCCAAGUCAAGAAGAGCUGGAGGUCAAAAAAUACUUCUGAUAAAGUCAUCAGUGAAAAAAAGCCAAUUUACAAUCUACAAUCUACUGAUGAAUCUGAUAAAGUAACCAGCUACACCAAAUCCAUCUGCAAGGCAGAAACACCAAUGGUGUUCUUCUUUAGAUUUGGGUCUGUAUCUUCAUCCAAGUCUCAGCUGAUGAACAGUCUGAUAAAUGAAAAACACAACACAUUCUUUCACAGGCACUGCCCUGGCAGCAGUAAGACACGCCUUCUGAUGGAUGGAGUUGUUGAGAUUGCGUGGUAUUGUCCCUCUGGAAAAGACACGGACCAUUUUACUGAGUGUGUUGCAUUCUGUAAUCUCCAUGGUGAUGCAGAAGCAUGUGAGAAACAGCUGGAGAUUCUGACAGAAAAGGCCUCGGUGAAUGUUGUCCUUUACCCUGAUCUAGAUGAAAAGGGAAAGACUUUACUACAGAGGCUCUACAGUUCCCAAACACCUCUUAUUUGCCUUCUCAGUGAAAACAACUCCACUGUAACCAGGAUUAAGGCAGGAAAGUACAGAAUGGGACUGAAGGACAGAAACCAGUCUGAGGUGUCUGCAGAACUGGGAAGUGCCAUCAGAGAGUGUCUGUCAAUGACACCUCAUACUUUCAAAGUGGAGGAUAUGGCCAGAGAUACACAGAUCAGAGUAGAUGAAGAAGACGAGGAAUGUAAGAGAGGGAAGGAAGAUACAGUCCAGAUACUGAACCUACUGAAGGGACAGGAUCCGUCCUCUAUAAAACAGAAAUAUCUGCCCUGUCAGGGUAAACUGUGGCAUGACUGGUGUCAGAAGAAUAAAAAACUACAUCGACUUCAGGAAUAUAACACAGAGAUGAUCAACAGCAAAAUACAGACAGAAAUGAAGCAGCUAAGACAUAUACAGAGGCAAUGUAAUGUCAGUGAACUCAUUCGACUGUUUACUCAAGGUUUAUGUUCACUGACCAAAAAUGAGAAAACACUCUUUCUGAAAUGGCUUGGAAUCCUUUUGGAUGACUUGACUACAGAAAAACUCUCUGAUCUCCACCAUGAGUAUGACAGCAUGUGGUCUAAGGUCUUGGAACUGAAAAAGAACCAUGACGAGAAAUUGACCACGGAACAGGCAAAACUGGAAAAGAUAUCAGACAAAUUGCACGUUGCAACAUUUGGUCUAGAACACAUCUUCAGAGAAAUGGGUCAGAUCUAUGAAGCCUGGGCAUCUGACAAGAACAUAAAAACAGAUAGGAAUGAUAAAAACUUAUCUUACCUUCCUGCUUUAGCUGCAGAACUCAUGGUCUCUAGACACUCAGUGGAGCUGAUGGAUGGUGAUGCUGCUCAUGUUCCUUUAAUCUGGGUCACUGCUGUUCUAGAUGAGGUCAUCAAGAGACUGGGAGACCAGAGAGUCUUUGUGCUCUCAGUUUUGGGUGUACAGAGCACUGGGAAAUCCACAAUGUUGAAUGCCAUGUUUGGACUCCAGUUUGCAGUCAGUGCUGGCAGGUGCACCAGAGGAGCUUUCAUGCAGCUGGUCAGAGUCACAGAGGACAUGAAGGGAGAACUGAAAUUUGACUACAUUCUAGUUGUUGACACUGAGGGACUUAGAGCUCUGGAACUGGCUGGGAGAUCCACACAGCACCAUGACAAUGAACUGGCAACAUUUGUUGUUGGCCUUGGAAACAUGACAUUGAUCAAUAUCUUUGGAGAGAACCCUGCUGAUAUGCAAGACAUCCUUCAGAUUGUUGUUCAGGCCUUCCUGAGGAUGAAGAAGGUCAGACUGUCUCCCAGCUGUGUGUUUGUCCAUCAGAAUGUUGGAGACAUUAGAGCUGGAGAGAAAAACAUGGAUGGAAAGAGACGAUUGCAAGAGAAACUAGAUGAGAUGACUCAGUUAGCUGCUAAAGAAGAAGACAGUAAUGCCACAUGUUUCAGUGAUGUCAUUGGCUUUGAUGUACAGACAGAUGUGAAGUACUUUGCUCAGCUCUGGGAGGGCAGCCCACCCAUGGCUCCACCAAACCCAUCAUACAGUGAAAACAUUCAGGAGCUAAAGAGACACAUUUUAUCCCAAAGUUCAAAAUCCUCUGGCAUGACACUCUCACAGUUCAAAACAACUAUCUGUGAUCUGUGGAAUGCAUUACUGAAUGAGAAUUUUGUUUUCAGUUUCAAAAACACCCAGGAGAUUGCAGUGUACAGGAAACUGGAAACUCAGUAUGGGAAAUGGACCUGGAGUCUCAGGAGUGCCAUGCUGAGUAUUGAGAACAAACUACAGAACAGAAUAGAAAAUGAAAAACUGAGCGAUGUUGAGGAAAAAGAGCUGGUGUUAGGCAUGAGAAAGACCAAAGAGGAAGUGGACAAAUCAGUGAAGCAGUACUUUGAGGAAGAUGGAGAUAAAGACAUUUUGAUUCAGUGGAGAGGGAGAUUUGAAAACAAAAUAUGUGAGCUUCAUGAUGAGCUGAUGAAAGGAACCAAAAGAAAACUAAAUGAGCUCAUAGAACAGAAGAAAGCCUGUAAGAAGUUAAAUGAGAAGAAGGUAGAGUAUGAAAAGAGGCUCUUUGAAAUGAGUAAGGAGCUUGCUCUGAGUCUGAAAAACAAAGAACACAAUGAGAAUGUUCUCGGGAAGAAAUUUAAUGAGGUCUGGAGCAAGUGGGUCACUGAUUUGACCAAAGACACACCCUCAGUGAAGGAUAUUAAUGUUUGGCAGGAUGUGAUAAGAAUCCUGCCCGAAUGUUAUGAAAAUUCUCUUGUGUGUAAAAGGGCAGAAAUGAAGGGUUAUAAACACCUGUCUGACAUUGGUAACUAUUCUGACUAUAUUAUUUACAAGAACAACCCACACUUUUCACAUGAAGAUCAAAAGCCAUCCAUGGAAGAUCAAAGCUCUAUAAAGGCAUUCAUCAAUGCUGCCAUCAAAAAGACAGAGAGAAACAUAAAAAUGAAACCCAUUGCAAGACUAGGCUACCACCACAGUUACAUCCAAGAAAUAACAGACUCGGUCAGACAGAGUGUGAAGGAAUAUGAAUCAGGGUUAGAAGAAUAUGUGUUCAAAAAGGAGUUCACAGUGGAUCUCUCACUCUGUGUGUGUGACAUCGCAGCUCAAGAAUUUACACAACUCCACAAAGAAUUCAAAAAUUCAAAUGAUGCAAGAGCUUACCUGGAGAAUCAGAAACCCCGAUACUACAGUGUCUUUAAGAACUCUUGCAAGGGUGCAACAUCUACAGCUGUGUUUGGUGAGUUUAUCUGCAGCAAACUAGAACCAUCCAUCCUACAGGCAGUUUAUGACAAAACUGCCAUUGAUUUGGCAGAUGAAAUGAAGUCUAAUGCUUCAGCAUUUAAUGGGAACAGAUCAAACCUGGAGAAAAAUAUUCUGAGAUCACUGGCAGCAGAAGAGAACUUUGAGAGUUUCAUAACGUACAUUCACAACCCAGAGAAAUACUUCAAACAGUUCAUUACAGAAGAGGUCAGCAAAUACAUUCUCAAAGACAAUAAGCAAACUGUCCUUGACAUGAUUAUAGGUACUCUGAAACACAAACAUCAGUGUGUAAUCAAUGCAGUACAUUCAGCAACACAGGAGGUGAAAAACAACAGUGGAGAUGCUAAUAAGUGGCUGAGCAGUUUCUCUGACAGAUUGAAGGAUGAACUGAAAUUCACAGAAAAGUCUGGUGUUGACCUCAAAGAUGUUAAAGAUUUUACUUUUCUUCAAAAAGUGAUAAAAGAGGGUCUUGAUAAAAUCAUAGACGAAUUAGAGAGGAAUUUCAAAGAGUCUCCUGUCAAAAUGGAGAUGUUCAGGGAGACACCUGAUGAGAUUCUGAUCAAACACUUCUGUCAGUGCUGCUGGGUGCAGUGUCCCUUCUGUAAAGCCAUCUGCACCAACACUAUAGAGGGACAUCCUGGAGAUCACAGUGUCCCUUUCCAUCGUCCUCACGGAAUAAAUGGGUGGCAUUUCAAAGGUACAUCUGAUUUUACAAUUGACUUUUGCACAACCUCAGUAGCAAGUGAGGGUAGAUUCUACCCAUCACAUGAUUCAGAAGAGACAGUCCCUUAUAAAGAAUACAGAAGAGCAGGGGGGAAAUAUGAAACAUGGAGCAUCACCCCUGACCUCUCUGAGCUGCCGUACUGGAAGUGGUUUGUCUGUCGAUUUCAGGACGAUCUGGAAGAACACUACAAUCUUGAUUUUCAGGGAAGGGGACAUAUUCCUGAUGAAUGGAAAACCUACACAAGAGAGGAAGCCAUAGAACGUUUGGACAAAUACAUCUAA